GAUUUAUAAGAAAGGAUUUAUUUUUAGUCUUUUUGGGGUUAGAUCUCUCUCUUUGUAUACCUCAAGAAUGGCUUCACUUUGCUCACCGACAUUGAUUUUGAUUUACAUUUUCGCUUUCUCAGUCUCCAUUACUCACUCCAAAACUCUCAAGAGAGAUGUAAAAGCCUUGAAUGAGAUAAAAGCGUCACUUGGAUGGAGAGUGGUAUAUGCCUGGAUUGGAGAUGAUCCCUGUGGAGAUGGUGAUUUACCACCUUGGUCUGGUGUAACAUGUUCUACUCAAGGAGACUAUAGAGUUGUUACUGAACUGGAAGUCUAUGCAGUAUCAAUCGUUGGUCCUUUUCCUAUUGCUGUAACUAAUUUGUUGGAUUUAACAAGGCUGGAUCUACAUAACAACAAGCUGACAGGCCCAAUUCCUCCCCAAAUCGGACGCCUGAGACGACUUAGAAUGUUAAAUUUGAGGUGGAAUAAACUCCAAGAUGUUCUUCCUCCCGAGAUCGGUGAACUGAAAAUACUAACCCAUCUGUCAUUGAGCUUUAACAAUUUUAAGGGUGAGAUUCCGAGGGAGCUUGCAAAUCUACCUGAGCUUCGUUAUCUCUAUCUUCAAGAAAACCGUUUCACCGGUCGAGUGCCGGCAGAGUUGGGAACCUUACAAAACCUUCGGCACUUGGAUGUUGGUAAUAAUCAUUUGGUCGGUACUAUUAGGGAGCUCAUUCGUAUAGAAGGAGGCUUUCCGGUUCUACGAAAUCUGUAUCUAAAUAACAAUUAUUUGACCGGAGGAAUUCCUGCUCAGCUGGCAAAUCUGACAAAUUUGGAGAUAUUGUAUCUUUCAUACAACAAAAUGUCUGGAGCAAUACCAACAGCCCUUGCCCAUAUUCCUAAAUUGACAUAUCUGUACUUGGAUCAUAACCAAUUCUCAGGCAGGAUUCCCGACGCGUUCUAUAAACACCCUUUCUUGAAAGAACUGUGUAUUGAAGGAAACACAUUCCGACCUGGCGUAAACCCCAUCGGUGCACACAAGGUCCUCGAACUCUCGGACACAGAUUUCUUGAUUUAGUUAAAACAGUCGAUAACAGAAACCUUAUCGAUAUAGUAUCCCAUGGGGAUUUCCAGUUAUC